ACUUACCAAGCGCUGGAGAUAUGCAAUGGAGUGUCAGUUCUAAUUCACUAGUGUCGCAUUAAGUGAUUUUGCAUUUUAUACCCAACGCAAAACAAAGCUUAUCUAAUCUGGUGCCGAUUGGAAAAAUGCUUGAGGCGCGAUGAAAAUUGCGAGCGUCGAGUCGGAGUACGAGAAGAACAAGGAGUUGAGGAAGGAAGAUGUGAUGCAGCUGAAGGAAUGGACCGAGAAGCAGCCCCAUUUACCUCCAAUUACAGAGCUUCACCUCAUACUCUUCCUCCACAGCUGCUACUACAGCAUGGAAAUGACAAAAGCGACAAUCGAGGCCUUCUUCACAUACCGCACCCACUGUCCCGAGCUGUUUCUUCACAGAAACCCGUCAUCGCCCGAAUUUCAAAGCUACUUUAACGUCUUGGAGUAUCUUCUCUUGGAGGAGAAAACCCCCAGCGGCGAUCAGAUCAUUCUAUUCAGGCUACUCGACAACGAUCUGGAGAAGUUCGACUUUAACACGACGGUCAACGUUUUUGAUAUGAGCAUCGUCCAAUGGUACAUGCAGCACGGCACGUCGGAGGGGCUCAGGAUCGUUUGCGACUUCGAGGGGGCGACUCUCGGUCACGUGCUCAAGAUGAACAUCGUAGCUAUGAGAAAGAUCCUCCUGUACCUUCAGGACGCGCUCUUCGUGCGACUGAAGGGCAUACACUUCUUUAACGUGGGAUCGUACAUGGAUAUAUUGAUGAACCUGAUGAAGCCAUUCCUCAAGAAGGAUCUGGUCAAUUCGCUGCACUUCCAUACGGACUCGAUCAAGAGCAUGUACCAGUACGUUCCGAUCGAUUGCCUGCCGAGUGACUACGGAGGCUCGCAGCCGUCCGUGAAGCAACUCCACGAGGACUGGAUCAGAAGGUUACACGACUACGCCGAUUAUUUCGUAAAGGAGGACUCGUACAUCGCCGACGAUAGUAAGAGAGUUGGCAAACCUGCGAAUUUGAGCGACAUCUUUGGCGUCGAGGGUUCAUUUAAGAAACUCGACAUCGACUAGUGAGUAUGCAGUUCAAAAGUGAAGGGGCAAGAAGACUUACGCCUUCGUCUAGUAGUGACCCUCUUACUACUUCUUUAGUAUCUUUUUUAAAGAGCUCUAGUGCUCCUUUCUUUGUUACGCGGUUGUCAGAUGUAUUAGUAUUGUAAAUUGUUUAGUGUUUAAGUAAAUCGCCAGCAUUUAAUUUUAAGGUGAACUGUGCAAUUAAAUUAAGGACAAAUAGAUUUGUUUUUUAAAUCUCA